UGGGGGGGCUGUUCUCGCGAUAUUUGGGUUUUCUUCCUUCCCCACCCCCACCACCGCCCGGCCUAGGCGGAUUCUGCCCAUCUCUCCCUGGCCAUGGCCGACCCCAAGUACGCGGACCUGCCCGGCAUUGUGAGUGUGCGAGGAGGGGAGCGGGGUGGGGGGGGCGAGGAAGGUUCCGGGCCAGGGCAGAGGAGGGCGGAGAAGAAGAAGAAGAAGGCGGCGGGUGGGGCCGCCUCGCUUCGCUUUGUUUCGUGAGGUGGUUGGGGCGCCGGCGGCGGCAGCCUGGGGACGGGGCGGGGUGGGGUCUGCCCUGCAGGGAGCAAGGGAGGAAACUGCCUGGAUCCUGAGUGGAAGCCGAAAUAGGGCUAAGGCUGUGACUCUUAUCAAAAAAACACGUGGUGUAAUGAAUAAUAAUCACUCUUAUUAUAUUUAUAUGUAUGUUUGUAUCUACAUUCGAAGAUCCCAGGGUGGUUCACGGUAGUGUUCCAGAGGAUGUGCAGAGUGCCUUUCUCCUCAGCCGCGAGAGGUUGUGACAAAUCUCAUAGGAAGCUGCCUUGAAAAAAAAACCCACGCAGACACACACACACCACCCUUCAUCCGAGGAUCACAGGGCAGUUUACAAAAUAAAAACAAACCAAUACAUACAGUGCUGAGUCAGGCGGUUGGUCCAUCUAGUACAGUAGUUCCUACACUGACUGGCAGUGGCUGUCCAGGAUUUCAGACAGGGAUGUGAACAGGCAAAGCAGGUGCUCUACUGAUGAGCCAUGGGGAAGCCUAGCCCAAGUUAGCCAUCACCCCUCCAAAAGCACCCCCAUUCGUUUUCCCCACUUUCAUUGGGAUGUGGAUUUGCUUGUGGAUUUUAUCCACAGCCAAAUAGCUUCCUAAGGUUGGUGGUCUCCACAUCCUUUGAGGGAAACUUGGGUGCAUUCACCCAUUACCCAAUUUCUGUAAGCUUGUAACUGUUAGCAUUUGAGCAUCAUUUUGCCUUGCAGUGUGACCCACGUAGGAGCACUGGCCACAUUCAAUAAAGGGUUAGUAGAUGGGGGCCUGUGAUUAGUUGCUAAACUGCUUCUUGCUGAUGUCCGGACAGUUGUGUUUUUAUUCAGUUAGGGAUGCUGUACCCUGGGAAUUUAGAACAUUAUUCACGAUAGUUUUGUGUUUUGGCCAAGCAAUUGGUUCUUUCCCCAAACAUUCUAUGGAGUGUGUGAUAGAGCAGCUCAGUUGUUCAGGAAGGACAGUGGCAUGACUUGAGGUCCCAUGUAAAGAGCAACAUAUCCUAUCUAUACAUGCCCCAUCCAUUUUCUUCUAUUUUAUAUUGUGGGGAACCUUUUUUAACCUGAGAGCCACAUUCUUUGUGGGGAACAUUUCAGGGGCUGCGUGCCCAGAUGCAAAAGUUGUCGGAGCAAUUGGUAUGAUUCUUACCUUUGUACAGUAAGGUUAUAUUCUAGUGACACCCAUCAGAGAUUGAUAUGUGCUCACCCCUGGGGUUUAAUGUGGGCUAAUCAGGUUCCUUAGUAGUAAGUUCAGUAGUAGUAGACAGGUAUCCUAUAAUGAGAACUUUACCACCACUACCAUUAUUCCCUAGAAAGGAAGAAAGCAGUGUUUAAUGUGCUUUAGGACCUUCUCAAAGUUCAGACAGGCUUGACCAGCUUCUCGAAUGAGCUGAGUGUUCAUCCUAGCAUGUUCUCCAGCCAUCCUCAAAAGAUGUGUCCACAGUGAAAGGGUUCCCUUAAGAUAGAAGUUUUGAAAUCUACAGUUUUAGGCAAUAGAUGUUCUUUUAAGUUAAGGGCCGGUGGGCUAGUACCAAUGUUUGUGACUUUUGUGCAUUUACUUGUUUACUUCUGUUCUCUGAUUGUCUGGAUGAUGAGAGUUUAUUCAUUCCUGCUUUGAGGGCAUAUCAUUGCCUAGAACACUUUUGGGUCUUUUCUGACCUUCUGUCUCUUUGUCUCUGGCCUUACUGGACUAUCUUUGUGUUUUCCAGGCCAGGAAUGAGCCUGAUGUUUAUGAAACAAGUGAUCUCCCAGAAGACGAUCAAGCGGAGUUUGAUGCGGUAAGAUCAUGUGACACUUAUUCAUGUCUUCAGUAGUGUUCUGGUUGUGUUAUGUGGGUGUGCCAAGCCCCCAAACCAUCUCCAAAUGUUUCUUUUGACCAAAGUGACUUGUGCUACUUAAUGCUGCUGUGGAUUUGACUGGGUGAAAGGGUGUACGGGGUGGGUAUGUGAUAGAAUUUGGUAGCUUAAAUCUUUUUUUAAAAGGAUCUGGAUAGUUAAAUCAUUCUUAAGGUUAAAUAAGGUGGAAAGCAUUCAGCAGCUCCCAAAAAAUAAUGAAUUUUGUGAACAUCUGUCCACCCCAGUGACAAUAAUUUCCUCUUAAUCGGAUUCUACAAAAUAUUUCUAAACUAUGGAUAUCUAAGGAGGGCUCGUGCUGCUCCUUAAUAACAUUCCUUUAAAUUGAGAUUAGAUGUUUAAAUUAUUAGUAGAAAAGUUGAAGAUUUGAAAGCUUUUGAACUUUCCUGCUUGCCAGGAAAGAGCUGUGUUUGCCUUUGACAAAAUACAUGAAAUUGGAUGCCUUUAUCUUCAGAGUGCAAAGCCCUCCUGAAGUAAUCUUGAAGAUUUUGGUCAAAAACCAUAUGCUGGAGGCAUUCAUUAAUUUUAAAUAGCAACUCUUUAUGGGACCCUUGCUGAAAUGAAUAUAGGGUAUUAACAACUGUAUGCUAUGGUGACAGCCCUGGUCCAGGAAAAUGGAUUUCAGGAGAUACAGAAAAAUACAUUAAUUGCUUGUAAGAGAGUGAUAGAUGAAUUGUGCCCCCUUUGUUCAUGUAUCAACAUCAGUUUGGUAUCUAAAAUUAGAAAUGGCAAACUAACCUUAAAUCCUGACAGUCUAGUUCUAGACUUUUGUACCCAACAAUGUUGCCAGGAGUGAGGUUUGGUUUUGCAAGUGGUAUAAGCUAGGCUGUUUUCACAUGUAUAUUGGGGGAUAAAUCUUUUUGCAUGUUCAUGGCUGGAAAAUAUUUUGGAUUUCAGGAGCAAACACCAGAUGUUUUGGAAUCAGGGCUCUGUCCAGAGCUGAGAAAAUAGGCACAAGUAUGUCAUUCCAAAGAAACAGUGGUAGUCAUCAACUUGGAUGACUUUAAAAGAGGAUCUAGAAGUCCCAUUGAGCUCAGUAGGAUAUAUUCCUGAGUAGACAUGUAUAGAGUUGUGCUGUGAGUGUCCCUUGAACAUUAGGUCUCUUGUGAUGCGUACAUCUCUUGGUGCUUCUUCGAUCGGUAACAAUUCUAUUUUAGCACCAAUCAAUCUCUGAUGAAAUCUAAAAUCUAUAAUGAAAAGUGUUUCCAGCAUUUCUUACAGUUAACCAGCAAUAGCAUCAGACUGUUGCUGCCAUGCCUAUACGUUAUGUCCACCCCCAUUUGUGUAGACUUUAAUUUCAUUUACAGUAUUUGCUGUUCUUAAUUUUCUGAGAAUGUGAGAUGGCCAGGUGCUAUAUCGGCUGGAGCAAUAGGUGGGUGCUUCUCUUUGUUUACUCACCUGGAUCAAUCUUUGCUCAGUCCAGAUGAGCAGUGAACAGCACCUAUGCUACAUUGUGGUCUUCAGUAGAAUUUCUACCAAGAUCUGAAUCCAUCAUAGUUUAGCUACAGUGUUUGCAUAAGGAUGGGCAAAAAGUGUGUUUUAUGGGUGAGGCUGUUUGUCCCUAGUUUUAAACACAAUUGGAUUGUUGCAACUGUAGUUGUAUAGAGUGGCUUGUUUGGCUACAGAUAAUAUGAAGCAACAUGAAAUUUUGUUAUUCUGAGAAAAGCCUAAGGAAAAUAAUCUCAGCUUUCAUUUUACAAAAGGGGUGUUUUGUGCAGGGGUAGCGGGGAGCUUCUGGAUUUCAUGGCUAAGGAGAAAGCAAUAUCUGAACAGCAGCCUUUGAAAACUGGUAUGUCCUUCCAGCUGUUUUGGGGUAGUGCUGUAGCAUCAGAGUCACAAUUCUGGGUUUUUCACCAAGGUACAAAGUGGAGUGUGUGUGUGUGUGUGUGUGUGUAUUUGCUGCGGAGAAGCAGUGGGUGGUGUGCAGCUGCUUAACCUUUCACUUGCUGCCACUUUCCUUCUUCAACAAGUAAUUCUGCUCUAAGCUUUCCAUAGUAAAGAAAAUGCUUCCCUCUCUCCUAAAUUGACAUUGAAUGAUUUGUCACAACAGACUGGAUUUGUCACAACUAACUAGCUGGGCUGACUGAUCGUCAUUAUUUGGUCUGAACUUUGCAAGGGUCAGUUCGGCAGUGGCAUCUCCAUGCUGGUAUGCUCCAGGUCUUGUCUUCCGUCCCUUUAUUUGCAAUAGGACAGAAUAAAGAUUCAAAAUCUUGUGUUGGAUUACCAAACUUAAGAGAGCAAAAUAAACAAAAAUAAACUUGAGAAAAAUGGCCCAUAAAAAAUUAAAAUUACUUGUAACAAUGAAGUGUAGUGAGUUAGACUAGAGCAGGGGUAGGCAGCCUCAGACUGGGGUAGGCCCACAGACGGUCCAGGAAUCAGCGUGUUUUUACAUGAGUAGAAUGUGCCCUUUUAUUUAAAAUGCAUCUCUGGGUUAUUUGUGGGGCCUGCCUGGUGUUUUUACAUGAGUAGAAUGUGUGCUUUUAUUUAAAAUGCACCUCUGGGUUAUUUGUGGGGCAUAGGAAUUCAUUCAUUCCCACCCGCCCCCAAUAUAGUCCGGCCAACCAAAUGGUCUGAGGGACGGUGGACCGGCUCACAGCUGAAAAAGGAUUCUGACCCCUGGACUAGAGGUAAGGAACUUGACUCAGCCAGGAAGCUUGCUGGGUGACUUUGGACCAGUUUCUCUCUUUUAGGCUGAUCUAUCUCAGAAAGUAAAGAUGAAAUAGGAUACUCCCAUGUGUAACUGCUCCUUAGUUCCUUGCACAGGGGUGUGAGAAAGUUUUUGGCCUGGUGGGUCGAGACUUUUUCUCCCCCAGCCUGUGAACCAACUUUGACAGUUGUGCAUGGUCUCCACCAUCGGUCAUUGCCAACCGUCAUGACCUUGAGUGGUCAGGUGUGCCAACACAGGUAGGGAGAGGGGCCAUUGUGCUCAUGCUCUGCUUGCAGGCUUCCCCCAAGCAUCUGCAUGUCACCUGUGAGAACAGGAUGCUGGACUAGAUGGGCCAAGUAUCCAUAUUCCUGUGAAUCCUGGACUUUUUCUGCUGCAAUGAUUUUCAGCCAUUUCAAGUAGUAGCUCUCAAGCUGUUUGAGGUCUGAGACCAUUUCCAUGAAAGCAGCACAUAGACUCACUAGUAUGACUUUCCUUGGAUGUGCAUCAGAAUGGGGAAGAAUAGUUAUCCAGUAGCUUAAUUCUUAUUUGAAAUCUAAAUAUUAUUAUUAUAGCUUCUGGGUUCCUUGUCCUGUGAACUUUGGAAAUCACUCCCGUUGAUUUCAGGGUCACUUAGAUCCAUAUGAUAAUGCUCAGAAUUGCAGUCCACAGCCAUCUGAUUUAAAAUGAGUGAUGGACACCCAUCUUUUGGCUUGAGUUCAAAUUGAACAUAAUGGAAAAACAGCCCCCAUGCAGCUGUGGCUGUACAUGAAGGAACCAGGAGAAAGCAGCCCAAGUGUCAGAAUUGGACUUAGUUUCAUGUUUAAGAAACCGCUGCCCAGAUUCUUGGAAGGGCGCUUAAAGUGUCUGCUUAGAAUUAAGGGACUGGAUUGGCCUAUUCCUAGUUUUGUGCAGCCUUUUGAGUAUGUGGUAGUUUCUUGCAAUGUGUGCACAUGUUGUCUCUCAGACUUCAGCAAUCCAGUCAUGUACCUCCACUAUCAUGGGAAGGGGGUAGCUUCUGACACAUCAUUUCAAAUGACCCCCCAAAAGUGUUUACACUAAUGUGCACAAAGCAGGCUCCUGGAUAUGGCAGUGGAUGCACAAGAAUGGCUUGCCAUAGUCCAGAAAUCAACAUAUUCAGGUUAUUUAAGCAUGUCUCCCAGUGCAGUUGCAUCCCCCAAUGGUUGUGGGCAUCCUUCCAAGCAGUGCAUCACUAUUUUGAAUGUGGUUGGCCACAUCUGCAGUAAAGUCAUCUUGCCAUUUGGGCCCCCCCCUAUUAUUAAGAACAUGUGCCAUACUGGAUGCAAUGAAAUACAGACAACUCCCCAUUCAUGCGUGUUCAAUAUGUGUGCAACUAUGUAUCAUGCCAAACCCAGAAGUGACCUGAAAACGUCACAAAAAGGGGCGGGGUGGGGCAGUGUUGGAAAGGGGGUCUUUGCAGGGUUCCUCAAUGGUGUUUCAAAUAUACACAAUUUCAUUUAAAUGUGUGGUACCUUGGAACGUAAAAGGUAAAGGUAAAGGUACCCCUGCCCGUACGGGCCAGUCGUGACUGACUCUGGGGUUGCGUGCUCAUCUCGCUUAAGAGGCCGGGAGCCAGCGCUGUCCGAAGACACUUCCGGGUCACGUGGCCAGCGUGACGAAGCUGCUCUGGCGAGCCAGCGCAGCGCACGGAAACGCCGUUUACCUUCCCGCUAUAAAGCGGUACCUAUUUAUCUACUUGCACUUAAGGGUGCUUUUGAACUGCUAGGUGGGCAGGAGCUGGGACCAAAAGACGGGAACUCACCCCGCCGCGGGGAUUCAAACCGCCGACCAUGCGAUCGGCAAGUCCUAGGCACUGAGGUUUUACCCACAGCGCCACCCGCGUCUCUAACCUUGGAACGUAACCCCUGCACAAAUUGGGAGUUGCCUGUACUCCUAAUUCUGACACCCUAACCUUUUUAGAGGAAAGGUGAGUUUUUUUAUAAAAAAUUAAGGCUGGAAAAUGAUACAUUGCAUUUUCUUUCUAGGGAAAUGCUGUGGAUGCAGGCUAAAAAUGCAAAGCACGAUGAGUUUGAAGCAGAAUUUUUGUUUGCCAGCCUUUGUCUUCCAUAUGGCUUUUCAGAAGAGGGAUCAUAGUUCAAUGGUAGCACUGCAAGAUGGUCUCAGGUUCUGUUCCUGCAGGUCCAAUUAAAGAAAUUCUGGUACUUGCCCUGAGUAAGAUUCUUCUUUUCCUGAGACCCUGGAGAGCCUUCCCCACCUGGUGCCCUCCAGAUGCUUUGGACUACAACUCCCAUGAUUGCUGACCAUGCUGGCUAGGACUUGUAUUCGAAAGCAUCUAGAUGGCAUCAGAAAGGGAAAGGUUGCAGUAGGCAACACUAGACCAGAUGAACUUGGGCCAUUGUUUUACAUUCAUCAAGUGAAAAGCCUAAGGUUCUCCAGAUAGUGCUGGUCUACAGCUCCCACCAUCACUGGCUAUUGGCCAUGUUGGCUGGUGCUGAUGGACAGCUCCCACCCCUGAAGUCCAUCACCUGGUGGGAAAGCCACCAGUUUCCCAUCACUGAUCUAGUCUAUCAUGCUGUUUCCAGCUAUGGAUGGCCAUUUGCUUCUAGGAAGCUUAAAAAUGGGGCAUGGAAUUGUUGGCCUAUGUAGCCUAUGCAGUUUCUGAUAAUGGAGAGUCUAUUUAAUUAUUAUGCCUAACCUCCCUUGAUAGACUUAUCUUUGAAGAAUUUAGCAUACCCUUACAAGGCAUCUUAAGGCCAUGGCCAUUACCAUUUCUUGUGGUUAUGAAUUCCAUCUGUUAAAUUACACACUGUGUGGGAGCUGUUCAGCAGCAGGGAAUUAUAACUUCACACACACACACCAAUUACUUCCUCUUGUCUUUCUUGGUCCUACUGCCAACCAGUUUCAGUGGGUGACCCCAAAUUCUAGUAUUGUGAAAAGGGGGGAGAAGAAAAAUCUUUCUUCUGCAUCACUUGUACUUUUAAGAGCCUCUAUCAUGUCCACCCUUGCAGUUUGUGGAAAUGCUUCUCCAUCAAUGCUGAUGCAUAGACAAGAUGUUUGAGAUGUGAUGGCUGCUCAUAUUUGAGUCUUGGAUGUGAUUCUCCUCUUUCAUAUCCAGAAAAUGUUUGGUUUGUGGCUUUCUGUAGUACCCACCCUCUCUGUCAAGGAGGGAUACUAGUAAAUAGAUGCUGAACUCCAGCAGUCAUGGUUUGUGUUUUAGCAUUUUGUCCUAUCUCCCUGUGAAAACCAGCCACGCAACCUGGUAUUGUUUGCCCUUAAAUGCUUUGCUGUGGGCUGCACAGAAGCUGUGCUUCCUUCUAAGCUUGCAAUACUCCUGAGAGGAAUUGCAUGAGGUACAUAGUAACUCAUAGUAACUGGCUGUGGGGAGGGGAGGGUGAGGGAGGAGGGUUUGAAUAAUACAUUACUUUGGCAGUGCUAGCUGAGGGGACCAGUUGAGGCACCAGUUCCCUUACGUAGUCUUGACAUAAAUCCCCAGCACCUGGGUGCCUAAGCAUUUGAUACUAGUGGCUACCUAUUCCAAAAAUAUAACAUUUUGACCCUGCCCUUAUGGUUGGAACAUGUGGUUUUCUGCAUAGGAUUCAGAAUCUUGCUAAUCUUGCACCAUAUCAAAUUAAGAUUCCACAUUUAGCGUGAAUAAUUAACAUAGCUGUUUAAGGAAACAUGCACCUUUUUUACAUAGCAUCAUGUGCUUUGCACUAACUAAAACUGCACUUGAUUUUUAAACCCCAUAUUGGGCUGGAAUUUAUACUGCAUGAAAGUUGUUUCGCCAGGGAGGGGAAUGGUGGCAGGUUAAAGGUAAAGGUAAUUGAGGGGUACAAAGAUGUGUGUGGGAAGGCAUUAUUUAUGUGUGUGAAGUAAACACAUAAAAGCAGGGAAGCGUGUUCUAGCUCUGCUGCCCUGUCACUGUUCCAAUUCCCCUUCAUGAGUUGGGAGGGCGAUCAUUGGGGCAGGAAUAAAACUGCUAGCACAUCUGCAAAGCUAAGCAAGUUCCAAUAUGGUUUCAGAUUGGAUGGGAACCAUGUGUUGAGAUUCCUGUAUUGCAGGGAUUGGACUAGAUGGCCUUUGGGGUCCCUUUUGAAUCUACAAGAAGGGAAGGGGUGAGGAACUGGUGGACCUUCAGGAGUUGUUGGACUCCAUCUUCCAUCACCCCUGACUGUUGGACAUUCUGGCUGAAGCUGUUGGGAGUUGGAGUCCAACAAUAUCUGGAGGGUCACAGAUUCUCCAUCUUCACCAGCUGAAGUUUCAGUGGCAGCCCCAUAUAACACAACAGUAUUCAAUCCAUUGAGUUACCUGGGCAUUAAUGACACAGAUGUGAUUGGACUCCCAGCUCCCAGCUCCCAUCACCCCUGACCAUUGGUCAUGCUGGCUGGGAUGGAUAGGAGUUGAACUUCAAAAGCAUCUGGAGGGCCACACAUCGGAGCCCACCACUCACCUGGAAAACACCACAUUGGCUACGCACAGGCUCAAGGCUUUGCUUGCUUCAUGGUGACUGAAGCAGCGCUUGCAGAUUGGGUUGCUUGCAGAUUGGAUUGCAACUGACGGAAGCACAGUUUUUAAUCCUGUAAUUACCUUCCAUGAAAAUAAAUGACAGGAACUGUUGUUCUGCUCACUUGAAUAGUUUCUAAAUGCUCAAAAAUGACAGAUCUCUGAGUUGGGAGAGGUAGAAGGCUGCCAUUGAGAAAGCAAAAGAGAGAAGCAGUGCUCUUUUUGCUAGUUGCUACGGAUUUUAAGAGGCUGCCAUUAAAGAUGUCCAUAUGAAAAGUUGGGAGCACAGGAGCUCCUCUGAUGGGAGCUGGCAUAAAGGUUUCGUCCUAUAAAUGAUUCACUCCUUGAAAGUAGGUCAGUGCUUGGGGGAGGUGUGCACAGUCUUUCUUCUUUGCAGGCAUCACUGCUUGCUAACCUUACAGGGAAGGACAGGCUGGUGGAGCAUCAGCUUCUUUCUCUGAGGGUUCUGGGGUGUGGAGCGGAGCGGGAGGUUGAGUGAAGAAGAGUUUUCGGCAUGAACUCAUAAUACUUUGUUUUCUCAGAGUUAAUGUUUUGUAUUGGAAGGCUUUACUAUUAAUGUCACCAGUGGACAUGACAUUUUACAGUAUAAACAUAGAAGAGAUUCCUAGAAGGAAUGAAGUAGGGGGGAGAGAAGGACAUGGACAAGAUAUGAAUAUGAAAUAUGAGAGAAGAGAACCACAUAGGUAUUUAUCAUUCGGUGUCAGUCACUGGGCUUUAAAGUUAAAAUUCUAAUGAUGUUCUUUGCAAUUUUUUUGUAAAAAAUUCCUUUCAGUGAGGAAAAUGGCUGCCAAGUGGCAAGAAGCAAGAAUCGCAUGUCCACUUCUGAGGAAAUUCUAAAAGCUCACAGCAUUAAUGUCCAUUUGUUUGUGUGAUUGGUCAUAUGUCAGAUUUUGGAUGUGGAUGUACUGUGAGGGUAUAAGCUAUUUGAGGCCUAUUUUGGAAAGAAUAGGUUAUGGCAGGAGUAGGGAGGGUGGUGCCUCCCAGAUGCUUUGGGACACAGCUCUCAUCAUCUCUUGCCAUGGACUGCUGGAAGUUGCAGUCCAACAACGUCUGCAGGACAUCGUGUUGGCUGCUCCUGCAUUAUGGGCAUGGCUAUAUGUAUUCUACUUUUGCCCAAGGCAAGCUGAAUUCUGUAAGUUGUCUAAAUAAUGCAAAUUGACAUAUCCUAUCCAGUGUGCCUCUUGCCCUUAAAGCAUCGCCCACAUACCUUCAGCCUAUUUUUUCACAGUUAUAAGGACAAAGAAACAGCCCUCAAAACAAAAACAGAGAUUCUCAGGAAGUAGAAUUCUGCACACAGUUAAAAUAUUGGAUGGUGUAGGAUUGCAGAAUACACACAGCCCUGGUUUAUGGUUGUGUGGUUCCUGGUCUACGGGAAACCCAUGGGCUCGAGUAGAGCUCCAUGAAACUGAUAGGGUGGGUAGGUGGGUUUCCCAUUCAGAAUUAGGCCUGCCCUGAAGAUGCUGGGAAUGAGGUGGUAAAAUGAGCUGUGCCACUUCAGAUGACAGGUGGAGAAUAACAGUGCUGCAUUUUGAUUUCCAAAUACGUCUCUGCCCAUACUGUACUGUGACACAAAAGUUGGGACUAAAUGUUGCUAUGGUGAGAGUACCACAAGCACCUGCAAGACAUUUGUGUGUUUUUAAUGUUGUUUUUGAAGGUUAUGUAAUCGCUAAGGUUUUGGGGGCCUUUGAUCCAGCUCUGUUAACCUCUGCUAUUAGUUCCACAGGCUUUUUCCUUUGCAGCUGCCAUAGAGGAUGCCUUAUGAUUUUGGGAAUUUGCCUGAUAACUGUUUUAACUGUGUUUGUAUUGAACUGUUGCACACUUGAACUUAUCUGAGUUUUCCUAAUGCUCUUCCCCUUCACCCCUCACACCACCUUGCCUGGACACUAGUUUGCACAAGUAAGACCAUUAAAAAUGCUUCUUCUUAUUUUAUUUCUCUGCAUGCUUCUAGAAUUUUUGUGUUUUGCAUGUGGGUAACUGUGCACUUUUCUCUUCUUUAAUUACUUUAAAAUCCCUGUUUAUAAUAUGGCAGUGGGGAAACAAUGAAUAUUAAUCAAGGGUUGUUUUGAUAUAUAAUAUUUGUGAAUGAUUCGUGGUGCUGUUAUCUUUUCACUGGGGCUCUUGCACAGAACAGAGGAAAGCAAUAAAUUCAGGAUUAUAGGCUUUUUCAAGAAAAAGAAAAGGGGAGAGAGAGAGAGAGAGAAGUAGGGAGCCUCAUUUUACUUCAGCCUGUUGAUUCAGGAGAAAAGGGAAAGUAUAAUAGAAGUUGCAUUAAUAUACUUAUUUUUGCACUCUGGAGGGUAAAAUGGUAGAUUCUGGGGUAGGGCUGGGCGAUAUAUCAAUACAGUGGUACCUCGGGUUACAUACGCUUCAGGUUACAGACGUUUUAGGUUACAGACUCUGCUAACCCAGAAAUAUUACCUCAGGUUAAGAACUUUGCUUCAGGAUAAGAACAGAAAUCGUGCUCCUGAGGCGCGACGGCAGCAGGAGGCCCCAUUAGCUAAAGUGGUGCUUCAGGUUAAGAACAGUUUCAUGUUAAAAACGGACCUCCGGAACGAAUAAAGUACGUAACCAGAGGUACCACUGUAUAUUGUCCAAAAUUGGUUUGAAGUGUUUCAUAAUAUUUGAGCUGGCAAUAUAUCACAAGUCACAAUGUGUGUAAGGGCUAGGUGAUAUCUGGUUUUCAGAAUUGUGAUAACUCACCAGCUAAACAUUGCAAUGUUGUCACCAGUUAAACAUUGCAAUCUACCACAAUGUCUGGAAUAAGGAUGGAACUAUACAGAGGUGAACAGGACAAUGUCCGGGCAACUGCUACUAUUUAGGUGUCUAAAACGGAUAAAUGACAGUAUUAUCAAUCAUUACACACUCAGUUUCAUCAACAGGAAAGCCAAAAUGCAUCCCAACAGGACUUUUGGUUUUGGGCUUGUAUACCAAAUAGUGAUAUUCAGGACAAUUGAAAGUCCUGUUGGCUUGCCUGCUGCUGAAAGUGACCAUGAGGUGAUUGGUAAUAUAAUCAUUUAUCAGUUUUAGACCCUUAAGUAGUAGCAGUUGCAGGACAUUGUCAUUUUCGCCUCUGCGUAGUUCUUUCUUUAUUUCAGAUAUCAUGAUAUAUUGAUAUAUCAUGAUGUUUGCUUGUGAUAUAUCACGAUAUUGAAAACCAGUUAUCGCCCAGCCGUAUUCUGGGGAAUAAAGGCAGCUUGUGUUGAAGUGGCACAAAUUCUAGGAGAAUCAGGCAGGUUGGUUGGCAGGGGCAGGAUGUAUCAGACAUUGCAGGAUGGAGGCAUGGCUGAGAAUCUGCACUGGAGUUCUGGUUCUUAGUUCUGAAGUAUGUCAGAUGCAUGGCUCUGAGCUCUUCCCACUCCUUGCCAUACAAGCAACAGCCAAGUUCCUUCCACUUCCACAUCUGAUAUUUAGGAUCAGGGUUUCCAACUUGGAAGGGAUGGUUUGGCUUGAAUGCCUGGUCUGUUGCAUUUUAAACCCACUGGAUCUCGCAAGUGUUCCUUCCCAUACAAAACUCGUUCUUGACAGAUCAGUUUAGAUAUGCAGCAAAAUUAGAGUCAUGACCCUGGGUGGGUCUGAGGCAUGUCACAUAGGAAACACCUAAGCCUCAGGACAGUAAUUUUUACGGUGGAAUGCUACAUGAGACUACUGAGAGGUAAUCCCUGUUGAGUUCAAUGGGACUUAUUCACAGGUUAAGUGAGUAUAGUGUUGCAGUCCGGUUGAAAUCUGUCUCUGUACACGGAUCAAUUUUAUAUCAAUGGCUUUCAUAAACGUUACCACAGGUAUUUCAGAGACAAGUAUUUCAGGUACAUCCAUAAAUAAGUUGUGUGUAAAUGCAGAUUAACACCCCCAUAAGUACAACUCUAGGCUGCUUUUGAAAAUUAGGCACUGAUCUGUUUUCAAAACAUGGCUUAUCAAAUGUUUUGGAUCAUGGUUUUAGCUUCUGAAGAGUAGGGCAAGGCAUUGCCCAGAGUUUAGAUCUGCCCAGCCUUCUCUUCCAAUUCUUACAGUACAAUGGCUCCCCUUCACUUCAUUUCUCAGCUCUCCAUCCAACCUGUGAUAGGAACGCACAUGCCAUGGACAGUGUGGUAAACCCUGGCUUUAAAAUUACAUGUGUUUGCCACCAUAUAAUAUGCAGAUGACAUGGCAAUAAGAGAAGAAGACUAUAUAGACCCAAUGCAGAUAUAAUACUGGCUUCAUCAAAAUUGUGGUUUGCAGGAGCCAGCCUUAGGAAUUCACCCUCCUCCCCUCUCCAGUGUGGAUUCUUCCAUACUUGUUGUCAGAUUUAAUCACGAUUUAUAAUUGCAUCUCCAAUGAUGUCCUGCUGACUAGAGUUCCCAUCUUACCUGGAGAUUGAAACCAAGGUUUGUUUUGGGUUUGCAAGCCGUGGUUAAUACUGGUGCUGAUAGAACAUUGAAGUUUAGCAGUUAAACUGAGGUUCAAGGUGACAAGGGAAGAGAGGGGGGAAAUUGUGCUUGAGAGGAGGUGGGGGACAGGGCAGGCUUUCAUGAGACUGGCUCGCCAAUUGCAAACUAUGCAUGGUUGGCAGGGAACCAUCAUUACACUUGUUACAUCUGCACCAGAUCAUAAGUUACAGUUCUUUAAGACUUCUUCAAUCGGUUUCUAACAUUUUAAGUUUUAAAGAUGUUAGCUAUUUAUAUAUUAUUACAUUUUUACCCCACCUUUCCCCUAAGGGUCUGAAAGUGACAUACAUGAUUCCCCUCCUUUCCAUAUUAUCCUUGGCACAACACUAUGCGGUAGGUUAGGCUGAGAGGCAGUGACUAGCCCAAGGUCACCUGGGAGUUCCAUGAGCAGGAGCUGUGUGAUGGACUCGCUCAUUUCAGCCGUGUUAGGUUCACCCCUCGCCCCUGCAUACACGUCCCUGCCAACCCCUCUUAUUUGUAUAGCACAGAUACAUUGCACAGACCUAGGCUAAUAUCAGAAUGAAUAAUGAGCAAGGAAGUAGAAGAGAAGUGAAGUAGAAAAAUAACUGUGUUUUCAGUCUGAGCAGCUUCCAAGCCUGUUGAAAGUGUAACAGCCUGCCCUGAGUAUGCAAGAUCAAAUCUGGAGGGGAGGGAGACCCAAACCUGAUUGAAACAUUGAUUUUCCUGACAGUCUUUCCCAACCAGCUUGAUCUGUAAGCUGCCUUUAUGGUGCUCUUGUGUCACUCUAUCAAGUCAGGGCUGUAAAAUCCUAAACACCUGAUUUCUAAGGGUAUCUGACAAAUUUUACUUUUUAAAUUUUAUUUUGAUUAUGCAUUUUUAUAAUUUAAAUAUACACAUAUACAUAUAUCUGACAAUUUAAAGGGUAUGUGCUAUACAUUCCUAUGCAGGGCUGAUUCCUAAAUCUUUAAUACUGGUCCUUGAAAUUUUGAAAUCCUUUUUCUUAAUCCUGCUUUUCUAUAAGAUCACUGCAUGUGAAAUGCAUUGUGGGAGAUUUGUGUGCCCGGAGGUGAAAGGGCACAAGGGAGUGGAAUGUAGAAGGGAAGUUCUGAAGAUGAAAGACGCAGCCCAUCCUUUCUUAGAACACUUAAUAUUUUAUUCCUAUUUUCCCCAGGGUCGUCCCCCCCGCUGCAACUUUGGGGAUGAUUUCAGCAGAAGCAAAAAAACUAAGACUGUCAGAUGUCUUAAUCAUCCCAUUAUUGCUUUUGUUAGGACCUAAAAAGAAAACUAGGCGCGAUUCUGCCAUAGUUAAGCAUUCCUUCCCCCCACCAACCAUAUUGAUUUCAAUAUGGAAAGUUUAGCACAGGCUUAAAACUGCUGUUAUUCAAAUCCAUGUCUGUGUCAGCUAAAUGUCAGGCUGAGAAAAAUGGCUCCUUUCAAGCCUACCUCACAGCCCAGGAGGCAGAUACCAGCCUCUUCUUUGUUCCCUCUGCCACAGACAACUCCUUGCUUGGUCACGUGGCCUCUGUUUAGCUGCCUCUCUGCUUGCCUUGGGUGGGGAAGCCUUGUGCAGACUCUGACUGUAGUGGCACUGAAGGCUUUGCUGAUGGCUGCCCUAUAUUGGAAGGGCACAGCUGAGGCAAUGUAGGCCAUAAUACCUGUGCAGAUGCCCCCGAGGUAGUACAAGGAUGCUGUAAUCUCGUUAUGUGUUUGGGUUGAUGAUGCCAGUAGUUUUUCUACUAAGGAAAAAGACUCUUGGAGCCCAGUGAAGCGCCUGCUUCAUUAUCCCUGGAUAGAGAGAGGAUCAUAUCCACAGCAUACAGUUUAUGCACAUGGCUUCCCACCAAAGAAUCCAGGGAACCAUGGUUAAAGGGUGCUGGGAACUGUAGUUUGGUUAGGGGUAAACUACAGUUUCCAGGAUUCUGUGUGGGAGGGAAGCCAUGAAUGGUCAAAGUUAGAUGCCCAUUAAAAUUUGUGGGACUUGUGUGCUUAAGAGUGUGGGUGUCCCACUGAUUUCUGUAGGACUUAAAUAGGCUUGCAUGGGAGAAUCCUCAACAACUUUAGCAUACCAAAUAGCACUCUGUUUUGCUGGCUCCUCCUCCAAGGAAUAUACAGGUGAGAGGAAGAGCUUGCACUGGGCUCCUUCCAACUUAGCUUCUCUUAUAUGAGGUCACUUUUGGGCCUGCCAACAGCAAGUGCUGGAGGCAGAAGUGGCAACUUUCUGUGGGGUUCUUUGUUACCUCAACAAGAAGGGGGGGGGCGGAGAGGCAACCAGCAGUUGGGGCAACCAUCUAAUGGGGAAGAGCACAAUAAUACUUAGCUGAUAUACUGCAGCCAUGCAUACAUAUGCGAGAGGCUCACAUUGCUGUAAAACGUGCCUUGAUUGCUCUCUCCACCCCCUCCACAUUUCAUCUGCAUGCUCCUGAGGAGGAUCUUUUCCAGUCCCCUGGGUAUUCUGGGACAAGCAAUGUUCUUUGAAGUUUUUCACAUUUGCCAUCUGGAGAGAAUGCAGCAUGAGGACUCUCUCUGGUUCCUAAAAAACAAGCUGGCUUUCUCUGGCACCUGCGAGUCAUUUCCAUCCCACCCUGUCAGUCAGGUACCUAGUGAGACUAACAUUAACAAAGGCAAAUUGAAUCCUUGGCUGGCGGUGGGUGCCAUCAGGCUUUGGGGCAGAAAUAAUGGGCUGCAGGAGGGGCUGGCAGAUACAGCAGGGCCAGGUCACCACUUCUGAAGUACCAUAUUUUUUGCUCUAUAAGACUCACUUUUUCCCUCCUAAACAGUAAGGGGAAAUGUGGGUGCAUCUUAUGGAGCGAAUGCAGGCUGCGCAGCUAUCCCAGAAGCCAGAACAGCAAGAGGGAUUGCUGCUUUCACUGCGCAGCGAUCCCUCUUGCUUUUCUGGCUUCUGAGAUUCAGAAUAUUUUUUUUCUUGUUUUCCUCCUCCAAAAACUAGGUGCGUCUUGUGGUCUGGUGCGUCUUAUAGAGCGAAAAAUAGGGUAAUACAAAUUACCCCCUAAAUAGUUCUCCUCCCACCUGCCGCCAUCCAGUACCAUUAAGUGCAAAGUCUAAAAUUACAUGGCUGUGUCACUGGUUGUAGAGAGUUAGGAAAAUGAUGCUGGCUUCUGUGGCCAGCUUGCUAAAGUAGAGAGAGAGAAAAAACAGUUUGAAGGACCUGCUUGUUUCUCUUCACUGCCUGUCUGGCACUGAGGCACAAGGAUACUUUUGACAUGUUCUCAAUCCCAGCCUUCAGUGAUCAGCUGGGAUUUGAACCAGAAUUGGAGUUUGUUGAGCACUUUGCCAGCAAGGCAAACCAAGGCAAAGCCUCACUUAGGUUAACCAAAGGCUUGUUUUGCUCUGGGAGCAAGUUAACACACUGUGUGUGUGUGUGUGUGUGUGAGAGAGAGAGAGAGAGAGAGAGAGAGAGAGAGACACACACAACAAACUCUCCAGAGGUUAAGCACUUGCGAAUCAUCAUUCUAUCAGUUGGAAGGCCUUUGCAGCUCUCUCAGAAUGUAGUGUAUUUGUAUUUGUGAAGAACUGCAUCCUAGGAUAUCCUAUUACCCCACAUUUUGCUUGUCCCGUGCCCAGAAAGCAUGGGUCUGAGCAGUUUUCCACUUGUCCCACACGGGUCUGAGUGGUUUUGCCUUUGCGCUGCUGUUUUCCCCUGGAAAACCUGUUCUUUAGCUCAGAACAAAUGAGCAAUCUGCAGAAAACCUGAUUUCUUGUUUGUUCCAAUUCAGCGCUAAACCAAGGGUUUCCCCAGGGAAAAGCAGCAGGGCAAAUGUAAAAGGCAACAUGGGCGCAUCUUGCAGCUCUAGACCUGUUUAAAGUUCAGUGUGAAUUAAGCAGUAUCACUUCUUCACCAGUUCUUUUCAACCUCAAGCAAGCAGAUAAGAGUGAGAAUUACAGCCAGACGCCCCUGAAGUUUCUACCUGCCCUCCACAGCCAUAGAUACUUCCCUGCUUAAAAACUGGCAUCUCAUUUCCCCAAACUAGAGGGAUGAAAGGAGACAGUUCUUCUCUUGGAUCUUUUCCUCCCGCCUUCUGCUUUCCAUAAUUGCCUUCAGAUGCCUCUCUUUCAAAGUCUUGGGCCUUUGUGCUUGAUCUGUUGGGGCGCCAUCUAAAACUGCAGCAAAAACAACAUUUCCCUGUUAAUUAUUGAAGGCCACCCACCCUCUUGGAAGGAGAGGCAUUUAGGAAGGCUCUUGUUCGACUCUUACAGCAGGGUAAGGAGGAGGAUAUAGCACUUGCUUGGAUGCUGUCUGCCAGCACUAACAUGCCACUUUCACUGCUCCAUCUCAUUUUCCCCCAUGUGCUUUGAGCAUAGCGGCUUCACCUUAACAUCUCGCUGCCGUAUUUCUUAACUCAGUAACCGCAUAGCAGUCUUGCAUGGUAUAUGGGAAUGCAUAACUUCAUUACUUCCCUUCUCAAGAAACCCCCUUUGCUGCGACCUUCCCAAAAGUACCACCAAAGGUACUGGAAGCAAUAAAACACUGGAGUGGGGGAUCAGGCUUGGCAGAGAUGGGUUUUCUUGUGCUGCAAAUAUGUUUGAACUUUUGGUGUGUAGUGCAUGUGACAACCUUCUAAUACAAUUUUUGUCUUUUCUUCCCCUCCUCUCCCUCAUCUCUCUCCCCCUCUCCUUCUUAACUCCCCCCCUUCCUUUUUCCAUCUCUGGUGGAAACACAAGGAGCUGGUAAGGAGCUGCACCUUCCGUCUGCUUUGGUGUUUGUGCUGAUAAACUUAUAGUUGCUAACCUUUUGUCUUUGCCAAAUCUUGCCACUCUGGAGGGCUUGAAAAAAGCGGUUUUCUGUGUGUUGCAGUAAGCUGCUUCUCAUGGCCUUUGCAAAGACGUUUUGUGGCUUGUGACACAAAAUCCUAAUGGCUUCCUGCUCACCCAAGUAAAAUGAACAUCUUCUAAUAAAGUAAAUUAUUGGCUGAUCUGCCACUUUUUGUGGCUUCUUAAAUCUGCCACUGUACUCUCCCUAAUGGUUGGGCUGGCUCUGGUAGAAUUCUGAUAACAGUUCCUCCUAGCUGCUGGUAAUAUGCAGGAUGUCAUCUUGUAUAAGCUAAUGACAAAUGACUAAAAUGCAGAAAUGCCCUUUAGAUCUUACCAGUCUUUCAGAGCAAAGUUCACUUUCAGCAAAAGAGAAUAAAAGCCCUGUGGGAUCAGACUGAAGGUCCAUCUAGUUCAGCGUCUCACAGUGGCCAACAAGAUGCCUCUGGAAAGCCCAUAAGCAAACUAAGAGUGUAAUAACCCCCUGUCCCAGUGUUGACCCCCUGCAAUUGCUAUUUGACAGUCAUACUGCUUUUGAACAUGGAGACUCCACUUGGCUAAACAUUUUCAUGAUUUUUCCCCCCUGAACCUUGUAAAUCCAUCUAGGUCAUUGGCAGUCAUUUCCUGCACAUUUCCCAGCUCGCUUUUUGCCUUUGAGAUGGGUGGCCAAAACCAUGUGCGUUGUUCCAAAUAUCAGAUGAAUAAUGAAGAUUGUUAGCGAGUCUGAUCUGGGGUGACAUCACAUUCUAAUCCCCAUCCCAACAAUACAGAGAUGAGUCAGACUGGUCAGUCCACAACAAAAUUUCCAUCUGUCAUGUAAAACCAAAGGAAACAUUUGGGGGACAUAAAUCCCUCCGGCUUGGACUGUCUAGUUGUGACAGUCUCUGGUGCUCCAGAGUAGGCAUGGCCAACUUUGAUUAUGUCUCAGGAGGGUGCUGUGUCCUCUUAGGUUUAGCCCUGGGUUGGAAGCAAUCCUCAGAAUGGGUAGGACUAGAACCAGUGGGCGGAAAUGACAGCCAAUUUCAGCUAAAUAUCAAGACAGAGGUUCUCAAACCACUGGUGGUCCAUGGGCUCCAUGCAGGUAGUCAACAAAUAAAAAAGGGGAACAAUUGAGAAUAGCUGUACUUGGCUCUGUACCUGAUCAAUUAUGCACGCAUGCACACACACACACACACGCACACACAAAACAAUGAUAUCUAGGCUGUUUUGACCAGGGCAUAUGCUCUUAAACAGGCUGGCAAGACUAGCCUAGGGUCUGUGAUGGUCAUAAAGCGGCACUGGAGGGGGGAAUGUAAUUAAAGCAUGAGUUACAUUUGUGCUUUAAUUUGUAGGACAAAAGAAAAAGUUUAUUAAGUGGUCUACUGAGACACCUGGCAGUUUCCAACUGGCCCAUGAGGGGUCAGGGGAAGAGUUUGAGAGAGACUGCAUCAGGAUAAAUUUUCAUAACUAUAGAAGCUGUUUGGUAGUGCAAUAGCCCACCUUGGGAGAUGGCAGGCUCUCUUCUUUGGCUGGAAGUAUCUAAACAGAGGUUUGAGUACCUUCUGCCAGGGAUGCUAUAGUUGAGCAGAGUUGGACUAGGGUGUCCUUGCAACUCUACAAUUGUAUGGAAUUGUAUUUUGCUGCACAAACUUUGGUGCAGGUGUCACAUUCUGGUUGGCUCCAUUGAGGCAUUGGGACACACAUACUGUAUUUUUCGCUCUAUAAGAUGCACUUUUUCCCUCCUAAAAAGUAAGGGGGAAAGUGUGUUCGUCUUAGGGAGCAAAUACAGGCUGUGCAGCUAUCGCUGAAGCCUCUUGAGCGCAGUGGGAGUGCUCCUCCCUCUUCACUCAAGAGGCUUUGCGUUGCUUUCUUGUUUCUUGUUUUCCUCCUCUAAAAACUAGGUGUGUCUUAUGGUCGGGUGUGUCUUACAGAGCGAAACAUACGGUAAUAGGGCCUUUAGUGCAGAAUUCAGUGGCUGCUAUUGAAACAGAACUUAUAAUUUCCUUAAAAAGAAAUAUGCUGUAGUGAUCGGGUAGGCAGCAUUUGCUAAAAUUCAGAGAAGGGUUUCCCAACAGUUUAUCCACACGUCACAUUUGAAGGUGUCCACUUAAAAUUGUUUGGGGGCACCCUUAAGAACAUCAUGGGUGAAGUGAGAUGCUCUCCUCUGGGACCAAAGGAGCAGUAGCUCUGUGUGCCAUUCUCUAAGAACAGCAUCCUGAUCUUUUAAAACAAAAACAGCACAUAUGCCAGCAGCAUGAAAUGACUAUAUAGUUGCUAAGAGGACUCAGUGCAUACAUUUAAAUAGCAACAUGCAGCUGAUUCCUCCAGACUGUUGUGUUAAUCUUAAAGCCAUUAUGGCUGCUUAGCUCAGAUAUGGCCUGUGACCUCUAGGUGGAAUCCAUGCCAAGGCAUUUUGGGUUUUUUCUUGUAAUUGCCGCUUGACAUGUUACUGUAGUGCAUCAAAGCUUGUACAGUCCAGGACCCCUAAGAUGAACUGGGUUUUCUAAAUAGUGCUUUAAGUCCUUUAUCAGGGGUGAGGAGAUUUUUCAAAUAUUAACAACUGCUGUUAAAAUCCAGCAGUUUGCAGGGCCUGCUGUGAAAUGCUGCUGCUGCCUGCAGUUGAAAUAAUUGCCUACCUCCUCUUAUAAAACCAUGGCUAAGUGUGAGUUGCCUUGAGGAUUAGUUUUAUGUUCUAAAAAGAGGAACUGGUAAAAGAGUAGACCUGUUGAAAACAAGGGGAGGAGCCGUGAUACCAUGGAGCAGUGCCUUUCAAGCUUUGUCCCAUAAGGACGCUCUUGCCGUAAUGGCUUUUCUUCCAAGGAACACAUACAUUUCUGCCACCAAGCUGCUGAGCAUUGCAUUCAGGAGCACAUAGCUUAGAUUCUGGGCACUAACUUAGGGCUAGUGGUUCCCAAACUUUUUUUCCUGACGAAACGCUUGAAAAUUGCUGAGAGUGAUUUUCCUCCCAGUUGUUCCAACGGCCAUGUGCUGUUCUAGAGAGCACCAUGUCAGCUACACCUGUUCUAGCAUUUAUGUAGCAAAUCACUGGUGUGCAUAGCUCAUUCGCAGCCCAUAACUUAACUGGUGACCUUUUACUAUAUUUUUCCGUGUAUAAGACGAGGUUUCUUGCUAAAAAAAAAUAGUAAAAAAUUGGGGGUCAUCUUGUACACGGAACAUGGGCACCUGGAGGGAUUUCUUUAAAUAUUUAAGCAUAUGUCCAGGAUUUUGGCUUGGGCGGGCUGAGGCGGUCCCUCCUGCUGCCGUCCCCUCUUUCUCCUCCCCCUCUGGACUUCAUGCUCGCCUCCUGAAGCCCCUGCUGCCUCAACCACCAGAUCAAAAGCAGCUGCCACCGCUGAGAGCUGCCUCAGCUACCUCUCCUUGCCCUUCUUUCCUUUUCCCCCUCUUCCCCUCUCAAACUCCCACCCUGCCCCCAGCCCACUCACCACCUUCCUCAGCUCAGUUUGAUCGACGGCAUGGCGCACAGUGGGUGCUGUCUUCCCCUGCCUCUUCCUUGGGAUCCUGUUUGGGAGCCUCCUUCCCCUUGCAGCAGCUGCCACCAAGGGGGACAUUGCGGUGCCCCAACCGCUGCCUUUGCUUCUGCUCCAUGGUGUCCUUCAUGCACCUCAUGCUGGAAAUUAUGAGGGCGAUUGCCCCCCAAAAGAUCAACUUGCCGCCGCCGAUCAUCCAGACUUUCACUUCUGUUUUAGGGUGUGUUUUUUCAAAAAAAAAAUUGGGUUCAAAUAAAUAGGGGUCAUCUUAUACACGGGGGUGUCUUAUACGCGGAAAAAUACGGUAGAUACUAAUGUUACUAAAUUGUCUUCCAGAUUUUCAUUACCCACUUCCUUUAUAGUUUCUGUACAUUGAUUUCUAAUAGUUAGUAGAUGUCCGGCUCGCUGCUACCAAUAAAUUACCAUAUUUUUCCAUUUAUAAGACAGAUGUUUUUUGCUUUAAAAAAUUGGGGGUCACUUCAUACAUGGAUGGUUAAGAAAAACACUACUUACCAGUAGUGUAGGAAGACUGGGGAUAUUUCAAGAUAUUAUUUCGGGAGAAAACACACACACACACACACACACACACACACCUUAUCCAAAUUAGCCUGCAAGGGAGGAGGAUGAGGAGGGUCACUUUUGCAGUGGGAGGUUUACAAACAACCACAAAAAGGGCAAAAGCACAGCAUAGCUUGGAAAGGGCAUUCCAGACAAUGCACCAAAAAGUGGGGGUGCCCCCCAAACACCCACCCACCCAAACGAAAGGGGGCUGAGCAGGCCCUGCAGCUGCUUCCUCCUCGUCCAAGGCCCAGGAACGGCACCCGCCGCAUACGUGCCUGGGAGGUUGCAAGUGGAGCAGCUGACCAGAGCCAGCAGCUCUUCAUCUCUCACCUGGUGCUUCCAUGGCGGUGGCAGCAGAGCAGGGCAGCUGCCGGGCAUCAUGAGCUUGACAUGUUGCCAUUGCCACUGCUGCUGCUCCCAGUUCCUCCAGCCUCCCUUCCUAACGUGCACACACACUUGCACACAGAAACACACACUUCGGCUCUCGCCUGUGGGCUCCUACCACCCAGCACACUCCACUCCCAGUUUCCAUUCAAAGGGAAUGCACCCACUCAGUACAAAAAACCCUGGACGUUUUGCCAAAUUAAAGAAAUCCACCCCAGGUGCUGUGAAGAAGCUGCCGGAACUGCCAUUCAUUUCACUUACCACUUCCACCAACCAAUGCUGACCGUUGCGGCAAGCCAGGUUAGGCAGAACAAGAGCACUCCCAGGCAUUCUAAAUGGAAAAAAAAGUUGUUCUGUUUGAUGUUUAAAGAUACGGUACUAAAUCCGGUGCUUUGAAUAUUUAAUAAAAUAUCAAAGUUGUUCUGUUUGAUGUUCAAAAUAUUGAUUUCUUAAUUUUGGGUUCAACAAAAUAGGGGUCGUCUUAUACACGGAAAAAUGUGGUAUUUUGAGUGUUCGUAUUGUAUUGUUCGAUGGUCCAUGAAAUGAUUUGUAGGUAAUCUGUAGAUGGGUGACAGUUCAUUGUUGUGGAUAGCAAUAUUCCAGUAUUUGUUUGCCUUUGCACAUCAUCACGGCGAGGGGACAAGGUCACCUCUAACAUCAAUAUCCAACAUUUGCCAUUAAUUAUUUAAUAGUUUAUGAAUUUUCCACUGAGUUGCCAUUUUAAAACAGUUUUCUGUAAGAUUUAAAGAUAAAGUAAAAGUAAUUUCCUGUGAUGAGAAAUUUCCAAACUCCCACUUGUCAAUACAGAUGAUAGUAUAUUCAUUUCCACAGAGCAAGGUGGGGUGAUGUGCGAGUCCCAAAGGGCCUGCUUUAUCUGCACCUUGCUUUUAAUGAAGGUGUUCAACAUUGUAGGAGCUGGUGAGAAGUCUUUGGAUGCAGUGAUCUCAAGGCGUCCUUUAAAGGUCAUGUAGAGAUAACACCUGCCUGGUGGAGCACAUAUAUUCGUUUGCUUGUAACAAUUGCCUCCUGUGCUGUGAUUUCAGAGCCACUUUAAUCUGAUGCAGCUAUUUUUUGCCGUUGUUUUGAGAACAGCCUCUUCCAGCGUCUUUAAUGUGCAGGACCAAAGGAGCAGGAAUGUGAGGCUCUUGUAAUAGCUCUUCAAAAAGAGUCUGGCCUUGAUGCAGCCAUAGAUUUCCCAUCAGAGCCCAUUACAGCCACUGCGCUGCUUCCAAGAGCACUGGCAGAAUGCCUGCCUCUCUCUAGCACUUAGCAAGAGGAGAGGCUGACUUGCAGUCAAUAGCAGAGCUCUUGGUGCUUCCCUUAAGUGAGAAGCCACCUUCUUUUCUAGGGUAGGGCUGACAUUACCAGGAUUUCAAAGGCGGAAUUGAUGUCGGGGGGGGGGGGGAUUUCCAAAAGGCGGCAAGUCAAUCAAAAAAAUCACGGUUAUUUUGGCAUUUUUGUAAACAACAACAACAACAAAAAACCACCUCUCAACAAUUGCCUCAGCUGGCGUGGGAGGUUGUUGCUGAGGACCCAUCUCAGAUAUGGCACAAAGCUGCCUCUGAUUCACAACAGCUUGGUGUUUCUGGGUUAAUGAAUGCACCCAGCCACAACAAUGGAGAGACACCUCAUUGAUUCAUGGCAGUUUGCCACACCUUAGCAGGGCAAUGGCUAGUCGUCCUAAUGUACACAUGGCUGUCUUGUUCCCUUGCUGUCCCCUCUUGGAGCAAGACGCUGGGUGUUUGGGAGCUAAGUUCUGACCUGGUCUGCUUCCCUCAGGUCUCUUUGUACUCAAGCUGCUUCUAGUUUGGAUAGCUCUUGGUUCUACCAGGCUCCACCUUAAAGCCCCUGUGCCUUUUGGCAAGUAACCCUCUUGGAUUCUGUCACAGCCUGAAUUGCAAGCACUGCAGAAAACCAUUGUCAAUGUUGAUUGGAAGCUCUGAAGCAGCAAAGCCACCAUGUAAACCUAGCCCCACCUCUAUGCACAGCUUGCUCCUUUGCAGAACUCCUUUGGUAUAGGAGAGGCUGUGGCAGGACACAAAGAUAGCCUUAAAAUCCUUUCAGAGGAACCAUCUCAGGUGCCCCUGCUGGACCAGCCAGAGGCCCACCUAGUCCAGCAUCCUGUUUUCCAUAGGGGCUAACCAGAGGCCUAUGAUACAUCAAGGACCGCCUCUCCCCAUAUGAACUGACCCAAGCCCUGCAGUCAUCACCUGAGGCCCUUCUUUGUGUGUCCAAUCCACAAGAAGUCCAGGGCAUGGCAGCAUGAGAACAGGGCCUUUUCUGUUAUCACUACCUGUUUGUGGAAUGCUCUCCCCUGGGACCUGGGACCUUCAUUACAUAUCUUUAGCUGCCAGGUGGAAACAUUCCCCUUCUUCCUGGACUUCAGCUAAUUAAACAAUCUUGUGCCUUUUAAACUGGGCAGGGGAUUAAUUAUUGUUUGGUUUAUUGUUAUGCUAUGUAUUUUGUGUUUUUAUAUUGUAAACCGCCCUGUGAUCCUCGGGUGAAGGGCAGUGUAUGUAUAUGUAUAUGUAGGCCCACAAGCUAGGCCUGAGCGCACAAGCCCCCUCCCAUUCAGGGUCCUCAAGCUGCUGGUAUUGAGGGGCAGACAGCCUCUCUGAUCCCGGAGGUAAUAUUAAGCUGUCAUGACUAAUAAACCUGCAUUUUUAUCACCCCUGGGUUGGUUACAUUUGCAGCAGCCUAGAUCAGGCAUGUGAAUGUUCUGCAAAGUGCUGCUCUCUUGUAAUCCUGCAUACCUCUGGAACCUGCAUGUCACUUUUUCACCUGGAGUGGGAUCUAAUGCAAUUAAAUGUAAUGGAAAUUCUGUGGGUAAUUAACCAGCCUUCUCCUCCUCCCUGCACUUUAAUUAAAUUCUUAUUUGAACCAGUUUCCUGAUUUCCUGUAUGUUGAUUGCUGGAAUUGGCUCUCGCACAUCUCCUUCACAGGAAGAAAAAGGAAAUGCUGCUUUAGCUGGCAUUUGAUAGCCACUUCACCCAGGGAGCUGUGAGACCCGUUAUUGGAAAACAAAAUAUACUUGGAUAUUGUCUGAAUUCCACCCCCUUCCUUGUUGAUUUUUUUUUCUGUUUUGAAAAAGGGGUAGGGGCUGUCACAUAAUCCCUCCAGAAAGGCCAGAUGGUUUGUUAGUCUUAUUAAUAUAAUCCCCUUUUUAACUCUUCCCACUCCUGUUUUAAAUGAACACUCAAAUUUACCAGGUCAGUAUCUGCCUGGCCAUAUAACAGCAGCCUUUUCAUAACACACUCUUGUCUCCAUCCUUCGGGGCGUUCCUGGGCCUAAUGUUAUAUGGAUGUUUUUGCGUAUGGGGAGGUGCCCACGAGUUCUUGAUUUUAGCAUACCAUGUUAUCCUUGGCUAUUAAGGGUGAGGAAGGCAGAUGUAGAGUUCUCUACAGGCAAUCCCAGCAGGUCUUUCACCUACAGAGAGAACCCAGCAGCUUUGCAUUGUGUUCUGCAGACCUCCAUGCUCUGAACCAGAGAGUCACAUGGCUGAAUUUUCCUGUGUCUAGGUGGUAUGUCGCAAGGGACGCGGGUGGCACUGUGGGUUAAACCACAGAGCCUAGGACUUGCCGAUCAGAAGGUCGGCGGUUCAGAUCCCCACAACGGGGUGAGCUCCCGUUGCUCGUGCCAACCUAGCAGUUCGAAAGCACGUCAGAGUGCAAGUAGAUAAAUAGGUACCGCUCCGGCGGGAAGGUAAACGGCGUUUCCAUGCACUGCUCUGGUUCGCCAGAAACAGUUUAGUCAUGCUGGCCACAUGACCCAGAAGCUGUAUGCCGGCUCCCUCGGCCAAUAAAGCGAGAUGAGCACCGCAACCCCAGAGUCGGUCACAACUAGACCUAAUGGUCAGGGGUCCCUUUACCUUUACCUUAGGUGGUAUGUCAGCUUGCACCACCCACCCUGCACAUCAGGCAGGCGGUCUACAUCUUCUCUUUUUUGAGUGGCUCAUGUGUGUUCAUUCCUUUCAUAAAAAGUUCACAAGAAUGAACAGUUCAGAAGCAGAAGUGCUGCCUCACCCAACCCUACCUCAAACAGUACUCAUCUUCUUUGCUCCAUGUUUCAGAAAAACUCAGGAGCCAAAACAGGCUUUGUUAGAUAGCUGUGUGGACGUAGCCAAAGUGAAACAGUGUUAGUUCUCUUGGCUUCCCUAGAGCAGCCUUUGUGCUGGCUGGGACUGAUGGGUGUUGUAACCCCAAACAUCUGUAGGGCACCAGGUUGGUGAGGCCUGCUCUAGGGUGUUCCAGCCCAUGUUUGCAGCCCAAGGCAUGUUCAAAGCCAAUAUUUGAAAGAGCUUAGCGUCUGAAUGAAGAUGCAAACCAGUAUCUCUUGGUCAGGUUUUUUUUUGUACAUAAGAGGCCUGCUGGAUCAGGCCAAACACCCGUCUAGUCCGCCAUCUUGUUCUCCCAGUGGCCAGUCACAUGUAUAUGAGAUGCACUGGUCACUCAUGCUCUUUGCUGGUCUGCCUAUUUGGCCAUCCCUAUUCAGAUCCAUGACUGUCUGUAGGACUGGAAGGGCCCAGAGAGCCAGCCAAUGCAAUCCCAUCAUUAAAGACCAAAUUCUGCUUGCAUAAAUCCUUACAAGAUUCCUUAUAGGUUCUUACUGACGCACUGGAGCAGUGCACCACAAUUGAUUGCAGAGCAGCUUGUUUCAGGGGACUAGAGCAAAUGAGCUCUGCCAUGUGCUAUAGGGGGAAACAACCAACCCUUUUCCAAAUGACUACAGUGGUACCUUGGUUCUCAAACAGCUUAGUUGUCUAACAAAUCAGCUCCUGAAUGCCGCAAACCUGGAAGUAAGUGUUCUGGUGUGCGAAUGUUUUUCGGAAGCCAAACGUCUGACGGGGCUUCCGCUUGAGUGCAGGAAGCUCCUGCAGCCAAUUGGAAGCCACACCUUGGUUUUCGAACGGUUUCAGGAGUCGAACUGACUCCUGGAAUGGAUUAAGUUUGAGAACCAAGGUACCAUUGUAGUUCAAAUCUGACCUAAGGGGAGAGAAGUUCCUGUUUGACCCAAGUUAUUCCUUUCCAGCCAGUGUGGGGAAUAGCUCUCCUUGCUUCUCAGCACCAUUAGUGGUUUCUGUGGACUAAGCACGGCAGUAGUGCUUCAACAUUAUGCCUGCUGGGACUACCAAGAGUGUCAGGUUUGCUAACAGAGUAUCUCCUCUGUUCUGCUUGGCCCUUGUGAAGAUUGCUUGGAAUCUGUUGGUUGUGGUUGGGAGGGUGUUUGGGGAGGUGGAGAAAAAUAAGGCUGGGUGCUCUGAUAUUUGUUUGUUUUUCUCUCUACACAGGAGGAGCUAACUAGCACCAGUGUGGAACAUAUCAUAGUCAACCCCAAUGCGGCUUAUGACAAAUUUAAGGACAAGCGAGUGGGCACUAAAGGACUAGGUAAGUGUUUCUCCAUAGGCCCUUUCUUGCGUAUGUGUCCAGGGUGGUGGAGGAGCAGUAGAUCCGGACUAGAAAAUGUACCAAAGAAAAACAUUCAAAGCAAUCCUCAAAGAACCCAAGGAUCCUUGUUUAAAAUGCCUUAAUAAUUUACAAUAAUAAGGUUAUAUACAUACUGAACAUUUCAAAUAACUUAUUCCUAGUUUAGCUUAUGUCUGCCAGUCAUUUGUCUCAUUGCCUGCAGAUGUGAGAUGCAGCACAAUACAUGCAUGACUAUUUUUCAGUGGUUGUGUGUGUGUGUGUGUGUUGGACAUACAAGAUGUUAGCGUGCCCUUGAAUGGAGAUCUUCAGGUUUGUUCUGAACCAGAGGAAGCAACAGGGUUUCUUUUGCAGUUUUGAACACUGGUCCUUACAGAUGAUGGAUCAAGCUCAGUAGCCAAGCCCUUGCUUUCCAUGCAGAAGGUCCCAGAUUCAAUUCCUGACAUCUCUGGGUAAGGCUGGUGAUGUCCCAUGUCUGAAAACCCAGAGAGCCACUACCAAACAGUAUAGACAAUAUAGUACAGGCCUACCUUGGUAUAAGAAAGCUUCUUAUAAUCUUCCUAAAACUUGAAGGCACAGUUGUGCGGCCGGGCCUGUCUUGGCCCUGGUAUGAAGUCUGUGAGAAGUUGGUAGAAAAGUCAAAAGGCCGUUCUACAAAUAUGAGCUGCUGAUUAAAGAACUACUACUAGCUCCAAUUGUGAAUCCUGUAACUUAAUUUUAAUGGAAAACAUGAAACUUGAGGCUGUUCAGUCUAAAAGUACAGAAAGAUUUUUUCCCUUUUCCCCCUUUUGAUUUCUAGAUUUCUCUGAUCGUAUUAGCAAAACCAAGAGAACUGGCUAUGAGUCUGGAGACUAUGAAAUGGUAAGUAACUAACUCAGAUGAACUGUAGACCGAAAGGAAAACCUUUGCUCUGUACCAAGCUGUAUCUCAGCUGGAGAAUGAGAUUUUAGCCUUAAGUAGAGGCGUGUGCUAGGCACACAGUAAGGGCAGGAGGUCAUGUGGCACCAGUAUUAGUUCAGGAUCCAAGAACAAAAGUCAAGUCUAGCCAAGGCCCAGGACCCAGCAAGGCAAGUUCAGAUAGAGGGGUCAGUUCAUAUAAGCAAGGUCAAGGUUCACCAACGAGCAAGGCAGGGAGAACUCUCAGUAACUCCAGCUGGAGCCUGGGAUGGAAGUUACACAUGGCAGGUUUGGAUGUUGCUUCAACAAGCAUCAAGCCCAGACUGAGCCUUAAAUAGGGCUUCAGCUUCCUCUAUAUCCACUGCCUCUUUUCCUAAGGGCCCAGGGCCGGGAUAGGCUUGUAGUCCAAAUCUGCUAGGAGGCAAGACCUCCCAUUCACCAGCCUUCCUCAGGUUAGCCAUUGCCAUGGAUGACCAGCCUGUGGCACGGGCUCCACAGGAGCAGGAAUUCAUGGCAUUCUUGAACUUCCCAUUAAUUGCCCUGCUCAGUUCUGCCUUUGGCCGCAUCAACCACUAAUGUGUCACCUCUGGGAAGUUGCCCAGAUGGGAAGGUGACCCUCAGGUUGAAAAAGACUUCUCAUUGCUGAUCUAGACUAUAUAAGAACUCUCUCACAGAAAGAAUUGAGAAUGGCCCUUCCUAGAGCCAGCCUUGCAACAGGAGAUGGGGUGAGAUGGAAUUGUGCUACCCCCAAAAAUUCUGGUGUUGCUGUUGACCUGAGAAUCUUAUUUUAUUUUUAAGCUAGGGGAAGGCCUUGGUGUGAAGGAGACUCCCCAGCAGAAAUACCAGCGUCUGCUGCAUGAAGUUCAGGAGCUGACUGCCGAAGUAGAGAAGAUCAAGGUAAGAUCAAGGUGGUCUCUGUUCUUGUUUCCUUCUGGCCCCCUUGCAGCUCCUCUGUGGGCCCUAUUGAUUUGGAUCAACCCAUCUUCUUGGUCUAGUCCUCGGGCCCAAAUGCAAAAUGAAGGCCUUUGUUAUCCAAUAAGUUGUCCUUGCCUUGAGACUAUGUGCUUUACUGCUGCGGUUAGUAUCAGUACAAGGGGGAGCAGCCCAGGGUCAGAGAGGACCAUGCCCCAAACAGUUACUGAAUGCCAGGCUUUCAGUGCUUCUAUCCCUUCUUCCACAGAGCACCGUGAAGGAGUCGGCUGCCGAGGAGAAACUGACACCAGUUGCCCUUGCUAAGCAGGUGGCCAGCCUGAAACAACAACUCGUCUCCACACACCUGGAGAAACUGCUGGGGCCAGAUGCAGCCAUCAACUUAACAGAUCCUGAUGGUGCUCUAGCCAAGUAAGUCACGGUGGUGUCAGCACUGCAGUUCCCCAGGGCUUAGUCCCACAAGCUGCUUAGCCCUGGAAAAACAUGUCUUCAUAAGAGUCCAUCUGAACCUGCCCUUUACCCUUGGCUACUGCGGUCAGGCCCUCUGCACCAGUCUUCGAAAUUCACAUUGUUCUUAGGCACAUUUUGCAACAGGGAAUUUAAUUAGUGUGAGCAGUGUCUGAGCUCUGGGCACAGUACUGCGCCUAAGAUUUCAUAUUAAAACUGCAGAGUGGAAGGAAAGGGGGAUAUUUUCUGCCUCCCCACUUCCAGCUACUCUCCGACUGGAGAAGAGACCCACUCUUAAGAAUAUUACAGGGGAAGGACUAGACCAUGUGAAAAGUGGACAUAAUGUUUUAGCUGCAGUUUAUUCAUUUUCAGCUUUGUAUUCUUAUAAAAAAGCAUACCUAGACAUUCCGUUGCUGUGCCCAUAACCUAGGUUUAAGGGGCCAUUUAGCUCUUAGCUUUCAUAUCUCAGUUUUUAACACUGCUCUGCACCUCAGAGUAGGCCAUGCCAGGCCAAGAGUGUCAACUUCAGGGCAAGCUUGAGAUCAGUUGUACAUCUCUCUGUGGAGCACAUUAUCUGCAUUUAGUAGGAGUGCUGAGAUUGUGAUGGGAUCAUAGGACUGGAUGGGGCCAUGGAGCCAUCAGCUCAUCCCCUAAGGCAAGGGUGGAGAGUUGGCCCAUCAUCUCCUAACCAUUGACCAGGCUGACUGGGGCUGCUGGAGUCCCACAACAACCACAAGGCAACCCACCCUUGCUUUAAGGGAGUAGAUUAUACCCAUAGAUAAACUUGCAUAAUGCAGACCAUCAAAGAGAGUUGAGAUUUUUUGGGUUUGAACUGGGGGAAAUUGUCUGGAGAAUUUCCCACUGGUUCUAAAUUGAUGGGGAUCAGAUCUUUUAGUAAAACAUUUUUUUUAGUCUUGUUAGUUUUGCAGUCUGUAUAAAUUUCCUGUAGGGAAGGAAAUCAAUAAAGUGCACUUAGUGUGGUUUAAAUGCUAUUUUCAAAGAUUUACCUGGAAAUUAUUUUUAUUGGAAUACUUGUAAAUAUUUAAAUACAUGGCAGCACAAUAGCAUACCUUUCCCUUUCCAUUAUUUAGAUUUUAAUAAGAAAAUAUAAGCAGGGAAAAUGGUUAACAUACUAAUUUUAGCAUGCCUGAAGAGCUACGUGCAGAAAUAUAUGUGCUUUCUAGGGAUGGCCAUCUGAAAAAGUUGAAAACAACCAUUUUAGAUUUGAUUAGUUGCCCAGUUGCAGUAUACCGUGUUCAAAGUAAAUUUCUAAACAUGGACCAUUUCCCAACUGACAUCGGCUGCAAGCAUACAGAGGAGAAAAGUUUCCCCAUCCCUUCUAAUUAUGCUCAUGCCCCUCAUUAUUCCAAUCUCUGAUCCAAAAUCCAUUGCAGCAGGCGGUAGCUGUUAUAGCCAGUGUAGUCAGUGGGGACCUAACCAUGUGCCCGCUAAACAUUUGUGGCCUCUUCAACUUGUCAGGCGUUUGCUCAUUCAACUGGAAACAGCCAAGAGUACUAAGGUGCCCCCUGCAAGUGGGAAGAGCCCAGCGAAAACUGCGGCUGGCCCAGGAAACAUGGUGACUUAUGAACUGCACUCCCGGCCUGAGCAGGACAAAUUCUCUCAGGCUGCCAAGGUAAGAACUGGAGUAUUUGAUCUUUGAGACCCCUCUGGGACUUAUAAGGAAAUAGCUAGGAUGAUGAGCUGAUGCUACAUUUGUACAGCAGCGAGGUGCUUUAGCAGCGCCUUCAUUGUAUGCAAUUCAGCAGUGCCUUUCUCUCUCCAAGCUCAGCUCUGGGGGCAGGAGAGCAUUCUGUUGCUUUAUGGGGUGCUUGAUUUGAGUGGGGAAAAGGCCUAUUGUGCACAGCACUGGUUGGUUAGUACUUGUGACAUCAUAAGGACCCAAAGCUCCAGAGCAUUUUUGUGUCCAUACAGUGGUGCCCCGCAAGACGAAUGCCUCGCAAGACGAAAAACUCGCUAGACGAAAGAGUUUUCCGUUUUUUGAGUCGUUCCGCAAGACGAAUUUCCCUAUGGGCUUGCUUCGCAAGACGAAACGUCUUGCGAGUUCUUGUGAGUUUGUUUCCUUUUUCUUAAAGCCGCUAAGUCGUUAAUAGCCGCUAAGCCGCUAAUAGCCGCUAAGCGCUAAUAGCCGUGCUUCGCAAGACGAAAAAACCGCAAGACGAAGAGACUCGCGGAACGGAUUAAUUUCGUCUUGCGAGGCACCACUGUAUGUGUCUUCACUUGAAGAGAGCUAGGGUGCUGCUGGCGACUGGGAGCAUCAGGGUCUCGGUAAUGUCUAGGAAUAGUUCCCUUGCCCUGGAACUUAGGACAUACAUCAACUUGGCUUGUGCAUCUGUAUGAAGCUCAUGUAUUUGAUACUGAAGAAAGGAAUUUCCAGAAUGCAGAGCCUUUUUCCUAAGCUGCUUCCCUGUCCCACGUAUAGCAUGUAUAUACGGGGCUCAUGGAGAUCUUCAAGCAUAAAUCAUUUUUGUGAAUCUUCUCCUUCCCUCCCCACCGCACACAAAGUUUGAGCCUUUCUCACCCCAUAGCAGAAUAGAGCACCAUAGAGUAACGAACCUUAUUUUGGCUCCUUUGCUUUCCCCACACUUUCUCAGUAAUCCUUUAACAUCUGCAUCACCCAGCAGUCUCUGUGACUUCAUUCUGAGUGCUUUAGAGUUAAUGGGGAUAUUGACUUACUUAUUCUACAGUCAUGAAAGCUUAGGAAGGCAGGAGUGGGAAACAGUGAUAAUGUCUUCCUGGUAAUAUUCUAUACAGUCUGGGCUCAGGGUUCCCCAGAACAUGGAUUGCAACCCUGUUGGGACUGUUGAAAAGAAAGAUCUGGCUGUAGGUUCCAGCCUCCUUCAGGUCCAGUUACUUCAUGCUGGGGUUGAAGUGGUGGUGGGAAAAGGUGUCAUUAAUCAUAUUUGUACCCUGAUUUUUGGCCGUCCAUUCUAGGCAACACAAAAAUACCAUUGUUAAAAUGGCUAGGAAGGAGUUCAAAAGAAGUGGAGGGAGUGAUAGGCAAAGUCUUGUUUGCGUUGAGCAGAUGAGGAAGGGACACAGGGAUGCAGAAAUCCAGAUAAGAUUUUUCAUUUUGCUGGAGGGCUGCGGAAUACUCUCUUCCUUAAGCAUGCUCAUAUCUCAUUGGAUGCCAGGAUCAGACACCCAUCCCUCCCAUCUGUUCUUCUCUCUGUAAGCAAGUGCAGUGGUGGCUGAAGCAGGUGUCCCCAUCCCCCCUGUUGGUGGGGGUGGGAGGGCAUGCCCACACUAUUUUGGAUUCCUUUCUCUCAUUUUCCCAGUUUUGGAUUAUGCCACACACAACACAUUAGUCAUUUUGUGAUGGUGCCCCUGACACCUUCUCAAACUUCCAAAUGUGCCCAAGAAGGUUGGCAACCUCUAGGUGAAAGAAAUGAAGUUGUAGUGGAGUGUCAGUCUCAGUGGAGAAAUUUUUGGGAGGGGGGAACCUUUGUGGCUGAUUUGAAAUGAUUGAUGUGUAUUUCUGUCAUAGUCAUGUACAGUAGGUAAUAUAAUCUCAUUCUGGACAAACUUUCAAGCUUUCCAACUUCUGGAAUUUUCACCUGGCUUAAGAUUCCUCGAGCCAACCAUCCACACUUACAAUUUUUUUGUGCCUCGAUGUAUGAAAUCUAAAUAGGCACGUGCACCUGCCACCAAAACAACCAGGAAGUUUUCCUUGGCAAGCCCCAUGAAAGUGAAUAUAGUCAAGGCGCCAUGUUCUUGCACAGGUCUUGAUCACUUCAGUGGGGCUUGUGAAGGGCAAUUUCCUGGCAUGUUGUACCCCAUAGGUCAAAUUGCCCUUAAUGGCACCUGAAAAUGACACAUCUGGGUUAAGGGGGAAUUUUAGAAGUGCUUUGCCCUGCAAUUCAAGGAGGCUUCCCGGGAGGGAGAGGAGCGCAACACAUCUUCAUUUGCUCCCUCUGGUCUUCCCAGAUUGCGGAAUUGGAGAAGCGAUUGGCUGAGCUGGAAGCAACGGUUCGCUGUGAGCAGGAUGUCCAGGUGAGGCCGAAAGGCAGUGGAAGCCCUGGGUCCAUGGAGAAGGUUAUGGGGACAAGGGGGAAGAGGCCAUAGCUCAGUGGUAGAGCAUCUGCUUUGCAUGCAGAAGGUCUCAGUUCAAUACCCAGUAUCCCCAGGUAGGCCUGAGAGAUACUUUGGUCUGAAGUCCUGGAGUGCUCCUGCCAGUCAGUGUAGACACUAUUGAGGUAGAUGGACCAAUGCCUGACUUGGCAGGCACCUUAAGGGGUAAUGGGAACAGGUGUAACAGCAGGCUAGAUUUUAUGAUGAACUCCAUGGCCUCAUUCGUUAGCCACUCCUGAGAUUUUCUCCAGUGAUGCAUUUAGGGCAGCAUCUACUUUGGCCCUGUAGGCGUGCUGUGAAAUUGUCCAGGGGGUGUAAUGCCUGGAGCUGGUUACAGGGCCUGAAUGAAUUAAAUUGUACAUGGCCAGCCUGUGGCUGAAAAUCCACAAGUGGCAUAGGCAGCUGACUUUGUAGCACUCCUGGGCAAGAGCAGAAUACCCUGGCCAUGCCAUAGAGUCAGACUCUUGCUGGACGAGAAGCAGCUCCAGCCCAGAGUGCAGGAACUACAUGGCUAUUGUUGGGUGUGAUGCAGUGGCAUUGCCUCACACUGCAGAUUGGCUUGUGCCAUGCUUGCCAAAGGCUGGCCAGCACUAUCCUAAUUAACACCCACCCCCCCGCAUUUUCUCUCUCUAGAAUCCUCUGUCUGUCGGACUGCAAGGAGCUAGUCUUAUGGUAAGCUGUUGGCUGAAGUUUAUAAGUAGCCUGUGCCUUUUGGGAUUGGAAAGGAAUUAAAGGGGAUGUUUGCUUUUAAAGAUUGGGCAUGAAGGUUGUCUCUUAAUUUAUCCUGUAGCUGCUGGGAGGCCAGGUUGGGCUUGAUGUGUACAAAGUGUGUGCAAAGUGUGUGUGUGUAUACAUGUGUACAUGUACAAAGCACAUUAGUUUGUAAAUGGAAAGGAAUGAGAUACUAUGCUGAAACGUUGGGAAAAAUAGCUUCUAGGCCAGGAUUAAGGGAAAUAGGUUUGCACCUCCCUCUAUAAGAUGUUCUAGACCAGGGGUCGGCAACCUUUUUCAGCCGUGGGCCGGUCCACCGUCCCUCAGACCAUGUGGUGGGCCGGACUAUAUUUUUUGGGGGGUGGGAAUGAACGAAUUCCUACACCCCACAAAUAACCCAGAGAUGCAUUUUAAAUAAAAGGACACAUUCUACUCAUGUAAAAACAUGCUGAUUCAUGGGCUGGAUUUAGAAGGCGAUUGGGCCGGAUCUGGUUGCCUACCUUAGGUUGCCUACCUCUGUUCUAGACAAAAUGUUCUAUGUCUCUGUGGAUUAAGUUCCUUUUCUUUAUUUUUGACUACUGAGCUGAGGUAAUCUGUGCCAAGUAAAACUGAAAUUUUGCAACCUAAACAGUAUUUGCAAAUUUACUAAAUAUUUCUCAUGUUUUGCAAAAUUCUGUCUUUAAAAGCUAUUUUACAUAAUUUAUUCUAGUUUUGCUAGUCUUCAAGAAGGCCGAGGAGCUAUGUAGGUUGCUGAAAUUUCUCUCUCAAACACACACACACAACACAGCACCAUUGAAAACCUAUUUAAACUACGCCUUUGGUACCUGAGAUUCCAAUUUGCAUUAUUCAUGCAGUAUGAAGCAUAUAUUCACAACAGUGAAAACUAGAAAUAUGCUGUCUUUAAGAAAAAAUAUAAGAUUCUUGAGUAGCUGAAAUUUCCAUCCAAGGUUGUGUUCCACUGGUGGUUGGUUGUUGUUCUGUACAAUUGCAGCAUAGACGUAUCCCCAUGUAUUACCUCAAAGAGCUGAUGAUAUUCGGGGGGGGGGGGGGCCUCACUGGAUCUGGCUGGGACAAAUGUCGCCUGGGCAGGAAGAGCCAGUGGUAGGAAAGGCCAGCCUGAGGGCCGGGACUAAUUCCACACACUGAUUUGAGUUAGCCAACUAAAGUUUUGCCUACAGGCAUGUGGUAUUUUUUUCUCUAAAACGCUUUCCCCAUGUCACAUCCUCUCCAUAGCAAACUGUAGAGAUCCUGCAGGCCAAAGUCAGCUCCCUGGACAUAGCAACCCUGGACCAGGUGGAGGCAAGGCUACAGGUGAGUCUUUUUCAGCCGCAGCAUUUAGGGCAUGUGGAAAGGACUAAGUGAUUUUGAAAGUUCUGGCAGGGUCUAGCUUUCCUAAUGGCAGUUCUUCAUUCCUAGAGCGUCUUGGGAAAAGUGAAUGAGAUUGCCAAGCACAAGACCACAGUGGAGGAUGCAGACACCCAAAGCAAGGUCAGAUGUGUUUUCUCUCUGUAACUGGGCAAACGAUAAAACCCACAGUUCCACUUUCUGUAUUUGUAUGAAAGCAUCUUGUUGAUUGACUCUGCCCAGUAUACCUGAAGGAGCAUCUCCACCCCCAUUGCUCAGCCCAGACACUGAGGUCUUCCUCUGAGGGUCUUCUGCUGGUUCCCUCACUGUGAGAAGUGAAGUUUCAGGGAACCAGGCAGAGGGCCUUCUCGGUAGUGGCGCCUUCCCUUCAGAUGUCAAGGAGGUAAAGAACGACAUAACAUUUAGAAGGCAUCUGAAGGCAGCCCUGUAUCAGGAUGUUUUUAAUGUUUGAUAUUUUACCAUGAUUUAUAUAUGUUGUAAGCCGCCCAGAGUGGCUGGGGAAACCCAGCCUGAUGGGUGAGGUAUAAAUAAUAAAAGUAGUAGUAGUAGUAGUAGUAGUAGCAGCAGUAGUAAGGGCAGCAUUGGCCUGCUAUUACCGAUCAGGUCAGUGUGAUUUCCUGAUCCCGGUGGCAAAGAGCACUGUGGGUUCAUAAGGCUUCUGCCAACUCUGGAAGAGGAAGAAGGGUAGAGACUUAUCAGUUGUGGAUGUUCUGAACAAGCCAAUGGGAUAGAUUCCCUGCCAGGCUGUGUCUUGGUGAUUCACACACAAACACAACAGCCUGGUAAAUUAAAGACUGCAGCUCUUCUGUGCCCUAGAAAAGCCUGAAUAAAGAAAAGGGGGUGACAUUUGGGAAUGGCUUACCACACAGCCUAUGUCUUUUUUCACACGUGUGCGCAUCAUCUGAUCACUCAACAUGUGAUGUCUGCCUGUUUUAUUGUGUGAGCUGAGCUCCACCAUAGAGCAUAAGAACAUAACGUUAAGAGCUGUGCUGGAUCAGGCCCAUCUAGUCCAGCAUCUUGUUCUCAUAUUCGACAGCCAGCUCCCUACAAGAAGCUUGUGAGCAGGACCUCAGCACCGCAUUUUGUGAUGUGAACAUUUUGUCUGGUGUUCAGAACUCUGCUGGCUCUUUCACCUGAGCAAGUCAGCCUUUGAUGCUGUAGUCACCAAGGGAUGAAUGCAACAUGAUUUGUGCACUGGCCUUUUGUUGACAGACUUCUGCUUUUGCCAGCCAAGCAAUGAGAUUGUGAGCAAAACUAGAUUACAUUUUGUCGUCAGUAUGUGUAUGUGUUCAUGAACACAUGGGAAGUUUCUUGGAGGGAUGGUGAUGGAGGAAGAUGAUUGGCCUAACGUUGAAGACCAGGUUCCCACUUGGAUUCCCCCCCCCCUCCUCCUGAUAACUUUCUGCCUCCCCUGCCCCAUACAGGUGCAUCAGCUCUAUGACACUGUGCAGCGCUGGAGCCCACUGGCCAGCUCCCUCCCUGAGGUGGUGCAGCGCCUAGUUGCUGUGCGGCAGUUGCAUGAGCAAGGUGAGCCUCUGAGCCAGACAGGGGCAUUCUCUAACUCGGGAAGGCAGGAGAGUAGCCUCAGCCUUUGGGCCUCCCAUUUUUGUUUAUUUAUUUUGCCAUUGUCAUUUUUUUCUAUUUUUUUACACUUGAAACAAUAACAUUUCAAAUAAAAGAAAUACACAAUUGAUAUUGACUCCCCUUCCCCUCCUUCUAUUGUGCAUUUUAUUACUCCACCCCCCACAUAUUCUGAUUUCUCCCUAUAUCUCAUUUUCCUCGUCUUCACACUUACUGCUGAAUUUAUUCAUUUUUUAUGCUUAAUUUAUAUCACAAAAAAAAUCGACAAAAACAAUCCAAGAUCAAUACAUAUUACAAAAAGAAAAGAAAAAAAAUAGAUUCAUACACAACAGAUUCUAUUAUGACUUCCGAUUAUUCUGUUACUGUUAACUUCUUAAUAUGUUUACACUAUGUCUCUACAUAAUCCGUAAAACAUUUCUAAUCUUCCUCAAAUAGUUUUUUUAUCCUGAUCUCUUUUUAUGUCUUUCAGUCCUGCCAUUUCUAUAUAUUCUGUUAACUUUGUCUGCCAUUCUUCCUUCGUUGGUAUUGUUUCUUCCCUCCACCAUUCGAGACUUUGGGCCUCCCAUUGCUCCAGUGAACUGGGUGGCUUUCCUUCCUGUCUCUAAGCUGACUUUUUGGUUCUUCUCUGUUACAGCCAUGCAGUUUGGGCAGCUCUUGACUCAUUUAGACACUACCCAACAGAUGAUUUCUAAUUCAUUGAAGGACAACGCUUCUCUGCUGACACAGGUGGGUUUCGGGGCUUUGGUGAACUGCCUGUGGGACUACUCGGGUCUCUACAACCUGGCCAGUAUGGAUCGCAUGGGUGCACCUAGUUGUGGGGAGAGCACCCAGCUGUAUAUUCCACUGUUUCUGAGAAUAAACUGCAGCCGCUUCACCCUAUAGCACAGAUCCCUUUACCACAACUAUGAGAUGUAAACUUUGUAGUGCAAUGUGCCUGAAGCCAGCUCCCCACAGAGCACGUCCUGCAGGAUCCUGCCAUUGUCCAUUCUGUGGACAUGACCAAACCAGCAUAGAUGUCACUGGGACAGGAGUGUAAACAUGCUGGGAACGUGGGCUUGGGGGAGCACAUCUUUGCUGGAAACUGUCCUGCCAUACACGUUUAGAAAAUGGCAACUUGGCUGCUUUAGAGCGGGAGUGAGACCUGUGGCCCUCCAGACGUUGUUGGACUUCUGCUUCCACCAUCCCUGGCCACUUAGCCACGCUUGCUGGGGUUGGUGGGAGUUGGGAGGGGCUGCAGCUUCCCUGUUGCUGCUAUAGAGAGUACUGCCACCCUGAGAGACAGCAGGUUGAAAGCCAAAGUGUAUGCGGACUAUUUUGAAAACCAUCUUGCGGCAUUUGUGUGCCCUAAAUCGAGCCAGGUGAUUCAUUGGUCUGGCUCACAUGCUGGUAGGUAGCCAUGGUGGAACAUGUUCCCUUCAUCUGCUCAGGCAAGCCCUCCAUAUGGCUGGUGUCUAUCCAUGUUCUCUCCCUCCAUCUCUCUCUAGGUUCAGAAGACUAUGAAGGAGAACCUGGCUACCGUGGAGGACAAUUUUGCCACCAUUAACGCACGGAUGCAGAAGCUUGCCAAGUGAAUCCCCUUAACAAAGUCUACAAAGGCAGGAACUGAGGUUUGCCUGCUGUCCAAAUAAGCACUAACCGCUCCGUCCCUUCCCUACCUCUGUACCUUUGCACCCCUGUGGCAAUUGAUGCUGACUGCAGAGGGCAGUGUUGCAUUCCAGAUUGGAGGGAGGGUGUGCUAGAGAGGGAACCAACUUUGCGUAUCCACCUGGGAAGUUGUACUCACUGCUGCUUGGCUCGGAGCCUUCUACUUGGAAAGAUUAUCUUACCUCUCAGCCUGGCAUGGAAGCAGAUUGUAUUGUUGUAUAAUUAUUUACUGUCAUUAAACACUUAUGCUUAGUGCUCUGUACUUGGUUUUUUU